AUGAGAGCCCUAACGGCUGCACGGCCACUGUUUUCCGAUUUGCCGCGACUUGGUCGCUCAUGGCUACCGCCUUACAGUUUCAAGGCGUUCGCUUCUGCUUCUUCGUCUUCGUCGUCGGAUUUGAACCUACGGAAUCAAUCUCGUGGUGGCCUCCCUCGAUUCUUCUCCGAUGAUCUUCCUUCGCGCAAGGCAUAUCCUCUCUCUCUCUCUCUCGUGUACUUGUUUCUCUAUUUGAAUAUGUGCUCUGAGUUUUGGCAUAUGGCGAAAGUUCUAAGACUGAAACCGGACGACAGGGUAGAACUCUUUAAUGGCAAAGGAGGUUUGGUGGAAGGUUGUAUACAAAGCAUAGACAAAACUGGAGUUGAUUUUGUCGCACAAGAAGAUCAGAAAUUGAUUCUUCCUCAGGGCAUCCAGUGGCAGGUUUUUGCAGCUUUCGGGACCUUGAAGGGUGGUCGAGCGGAUUGGCUUAUUGAGAAAUGUACAGAACUUGGAGCGAGUAGUGUCACACCGCUUUUAACAGAAAGAUCUUCCAUAAUCUCUGAAAAUCGGGUUGACAGAUUGGAACGUGUUAGUUUUGCUGCGGCUAAGCAGUGCCAAAGGCUACAUCAAAUGGUACUGAGCCCUCCGAUCAAAUUUGGUACCCUCUUGGAUCAUAUGUCCAAGUCAGAGUUGUGUUUGGUAGCGACAGCAGAAGCUACACCUCUUCUCACUGCUUUAAACUCCUCAGCAAAAGAAUCCAGCGGACUAUUAAUCGUUGGACCAGAAGGCGACUUCACGAAGAAAGAGGUGGAGAUGAUGUUGGAAGCAGGCGGCACAGCAGUUGGACUUGGGCCACACCGGUUGCGAGUUGAGACAGCAACCAUUGCUCUUCUGGCAACUCUAGUGAUGUGGUCCGACUCUCAAGUCUAAACAGUGGGUAGCCUUUAGUAGUUUUUGUUGCCUUUUAGGCCCUGUCUUGUGUUCUGGUUAGCUAAGUAAUGUCUAUUGAUAAAAAAAAGGGUAAAGGUUUUCUGAAUAUUACUACUGCCUUGAAAGCUUAAAUUUACGAGAUUUGUUAUAUUCCACUUUGAUUUUUCUUUCAUAUUGAAUCAAUGCUUAAAUUUCAGACACACGACAUGACACUCAUAGAUCUGAUAGAGAUCAAACCUGUAAACACCAAAGAAGAAGGUUUUGCGAUAAGCAAUUACUGUAAAAGGUUACAUUGCUCAAUUCGGUGGACGAGGCACUGAAUCCAUCCAUCGUUGGAGCACAAACUGGGAUAACAUGAUGACCCUUGUUACAUUGCGAUUAUCUUCCACAUACCCUUUAGAGUUAUAUGUGUUGAUGCGCCAAGAACCUCCACUAUCACUCCAAUUCUCUGAUUCUUGAUGAACAAUAAACUCUUGUUUCCGUAAGUCACCAGACACCAAACACUCGUGCUGUUGGCUCCAUAGAUAGACGAUAUCAGUAUCAAACGGAUUCAUUGCCAUGGGGAAACAAUCAACAUCGAAUCCAACAGAAGCCAUGUCGAUUUCUUCCCGUGACAGCUGCCAACAUUCACCGCUCUCAAAGUUGUUGUUCAGCCUCCAAAUCUUCAAUCUUCGGUGAAGUGUUUCAAUGUAGAUAACAUCUCCUCCUGACGUAGUCAAGCAUCUCCUAACGUGUUUGUUAUCCGGUACAAGAAGAGGUAUAACCCGGCAUUGAUCAUCGUCUUCAGGGCCAUAGAAGUCGUGAGCUACAAGAAAACCAGCUUCAUCAGUAGGAUGAUCCAAACCUCUUUCCCGGAGAUAAAGCGUCCCGUUGAGAUUCACCGGAGGGUAAGAACCAGUGUAUUUAACGGGAUGAGAAGAAAGAAGACGCUUGAAACUCCAUAAACCUGUCUCGGAGGAAUACACACACACUCUCCACACAUACAUUCCCAUGAAUCUUUCCAUCUUUCGACCAGUGUCAACGGUCCUAACCACUUUGAAACCUGAAACGACGCCGUUCUCGACACGCGUCACCAAACCGGUGGCGACACUUUGCUCUGGAGGCGGAGGGAUUUCAACCCAUUGUUGUAAAACCGGAUUACCCACGAAGGAUUUGUAACUGUAGGCCAAGUUCUCGGUGCGAUUGAAGAAUGCAUUGAUCCAGAUCAAUCCGUUGGAAGAAGCUACAUAGAAGUAUCUAGAGGUUGGGAGAUUCGGAUACAGUCGAAAAGGAAUGAUGUAAGAGCCUAGAGAUUUGGGGAGAUCCCAAGUAUCGCAUCCAUGGAAGCCUAUAGCUUCUGUGAUGGGAUGAGGAUAAUCGGCUCCGAACAUGAGAGACCAAGAGGAAGAUGAGUUUCUGUGGAGAGAGACGAAGAGACAUCGGAAGUAGGAAGAUUCGAUUAACGAUCUCCAUUGUUUGCACACAGAUUUGAAUCUCGCGAUGCUUCUCAAUGGUAAUCUCGCAAUGAUCUCUACCACUGUCGCCUCUACCACUGCUCUUCCUCUUGUUAUCUCCAUUGGGAUUAGGGAUUUUUCUUCUGUGAUUCUUCCUACCUUAUCAUUUGCCUUCUGUGUGUUUGUUUUGUACUUUUGCAUUAUUGGCUUCGAUUUGGCUCCUACUUGACUUGCCAGAGAAACAAGUUAUGG